UCAGGGACGCCAUGCCCUUUGGUAAAGCAGUUCUCUUUAGCCGAGGAAGACACUGAAGGAUUCUGCAGGUUCUUGUGUAGUGAUAUUCUGUUCGUAUUUUAACAAAUAAAGCUUGCCUGAAGAGCAGAAGGCAGAGCGAAGACACUAGAGGCCAGGCAGUGAUGUCACACACCUUUAAUCCCAGCACUAGGGAGGUGGAGACAGGUGUGAUGUUGUUGGGCAGAGAGAAGAAUAUAAGUCGGAGGUUUGGUGGCGAGCAUUGCCGUCUACAGUCACGCUGAAGACAGAUCGCCCCCAUUGUUUGAGCCUUGGUAGAGGGAGUGCUGGAAAAACAUCAACCUCAACCUCCGUCACUGAGCAGGAGCAGAAGAAGAUGAACAAGGUCGAUGAACUGACCCUUCAGCUCCAGAUGAUGACCAAUGAGAGGAAUGAACUUCGUGCAAUCCUGGCCAAUUAUACCAACAAUGAUUUGAACAACAGGCUGAAAUCUGAGCUUGAGGAGCUGAAAAUGGAUCAUCAGAAAGAGAUGUCAGAGCUGGAGAAAUUCCACAAGGAAAUUAGAGAGAGCUCAUACAAGUCCAAGAAGCUGACUGAGGAGAUCAACUCCUACCGCACCCUCCACAGCCAGCUUCUGGGGGAAUGGACACAGAUGAAGGAAAAAGUGGGCAUGUUGAACGAAGACAAGAGAAAGCUGAAAGCAGAACAGAUUUCCCUGCAAGAGUCCUGUGAGGAGACAAGGAGGCUCUGUGAGGAGGCCCAUGAGAAGAUCUAUAAACUCUGGAGCAAGCAGCAGCGGGAACAACAAAGACUGGAGAAACAUCUUCCUUCCCUACUGAAGCCGAAGGAACUGGUUACCCAGCAAAAGGACUCGGCAGGAAAGCUGCAGCAUCACUUCGCAGAGUCCCAGACGAGGUCUGAACAUCUCCAGCAUGAACUGGAAGAGACCACAGCCCAGGAGGAGAGGCUCCUGCAGAUGGAGCUGCUGCAGCAGGAGCACUAUGUGCCAGCACCUCUUAAGAGAACUCAGAAGGCUGGAGAAAGCCAGAGACACCUUGAAGGCAUGACAUUCUAUACUCCAGGAUCCAGGCCUCCUCUGAAAAAGCCGCAUCCUUUCUGCUGUGAAUUCAGCAUUGAGGAAACCAUCAACCUACCAUCAGAGGAUCCAGCCACAAUCUGAUCCACCUCUGUUGGCUCACAUCCAGAGAAA